AGCACCACGCUCUCCGUUGUGUAUGCAUCCAGUUUCCGGCAGACGCUUCCAGUCGCUACGGAACGCACGAGCUGUCAGCGUCGCGACGCCCGUCCUCCCUACCUUCCACCGCAGACCGCGACGCGUCACAAUUAGCGCGCGUUAAAUUUUCCAAUUAAAAUUGCACGCACCGAAUCCACCUUGCAUUCAUUCCGCAUAACAAUCAACGGCAACUGGAAUAAAUUAUGUUGAACUACUCGUUAAAAUAAAAAAUAAAAGUAGAAGUAAACCAAACCGAAAAGCUGCGAACACGUCGAGAAAACUGCAUUCAAAGUCAUUCAGAUAUACAUACAUACACGCAGAAAAUGUUUGCUUUGCAAUCCGUUUUCGUGGCUUUGAUGUGUUUCGCCGUGGAAAAUGGUGAAUGCUUAAGCCUGAAGAGCAUAAAGUUCCCUGAAGUAGCGGAUGUGAGGGGCAACGUGGAUCUGGAGUGCCAUUUCGAUAUGGAGAAGGAUAUCCUGAAGGACAUCAAGUGGUACAAGGACAACAACGAAUUUUUCAGGUACGAACCGAAAAGGACACCGCCGUACAUAUCCUUUGAGGUGGCCGGUGUGCACGUCCUCAAAGGCGUCGAUCAGUGCAACCUGAAGAACUGUUACGUGAGUCUCCAUCAGCUGUCGAAGGCGCAUAGCGGCGGUUCUUACCGGUGCGAGGUGACGAGCGAGGGUCCAUCCUUCAAAUCCGUCUCGGAGACGGGAAACAUCAUAGUGGCAGCUCUGCCCAACAAAGAAUUGCGAAUCGAGGGUCUACGGAUCGACGAGAAAUACGUGGAAGGCGAACAAAUCACGGCCAACUGCGUCUCCGACGUCUCCGAUCCUGCUCCGAUCCUUUCCUGGUACAUCAACACUAACGAGGCGCCAUCAAAGAGCGUCGGCGAAAUGAAGACUGCCCACGUCGACGACGAACUCGGAUCGGUUUCCAAAUCUUUGACGUUGAAUUUCACCGUCGACAAGAAGAUGGCCACAGCCUCCAAAGUGGAAGUCCGAUGCGAAGCCAAGUUACCCGGUAUCCCAUGGCAACCACAAACCACCGGAGUCGUUCUGACGACAAGGCACGCUGCGACGACGACCCCAAUUCCACCGCCGCGACCGCAGCCACGCAAGAAGUCGAACCAGAACAGGCCAGUGCUUGCACCAUUCCUUCUGCCCAUCGCCCUUUUCGCGAUCACCUUCAACUGAACACCACCAAACCAUAUCAAGUUUACUUUGUUUAUUUGUAAAUACGAAAGAAAAAAGUAUUUAAAUUAGUGUUUAGUGCUAAUCUAGUCUAUCAAUAUAUACACUUAAUUAACAAAUAUCAAGUUCAAAUUAAGUUUACCCGAUGAGUUUAAGGAGAACGAAAAAAAAAUCAACAGAAAAACGCGUUUUACAAUA